AUGAUUCGUGUAUUGGCUCCCUUCAUUUCCACCACGGAAUCUCUUCACAUCCAAAUCAAGUGGUCGAUUCGUCCAAACCGGGCUCUCAUUCCUCACGCUGAUCGUACCUACGUACUCAUCUCAUCCUUCAAUAAUCCGCAUAUCUAUCAUCAACCAUCAUCAUCCCUUUUUCUCUCCCCAUUUUUACUUUUUUUUCUUACUUCUUCUUCUAGAUCAUCUAAUGUUACUCCAUUUGUAUCCCUCCGUAUCCCGCCACCCACUUCCUUACCCCUCUAUCCCCCUCUAAACUCCCCCUCCUUCCCUCCCCUCUUUUUGAAGUCUAACCCUUCUUUAAACCCCUCUUUGUUAUUUGAUAAUCGGCCGCCCGCCGCAAGGCUGGUCAUGACUUCAUUUCCAUACGAUCCAAUUUGUGUGAGUGGGAUUGCCCGUCUAACUCCGACGAGAACUAGCCCCGGUGGAUCUUUAAAUCGAGCGCUGCCGUUGUUCCAGACCCCCUCUCUUCUCCGUUCCCCUUCUUCCGUCCGUCACAAUGACGAGUGUUGGUUCAUUCGAAUGUCUACAAAGUACAAAUAUAGAAUGGUUCGCGAGCGCAUUUCACGAACCACUUUGCGAACACAAGAGCUUCGCGCGGCAUUCUGUAUUAAAUCCUUCAUGUUGCCAAGUCAGUUGAAGCCAGAUAGAGGGCGGGAGAUGAAUCGUGUUUGGCUGAUAAAGCCACCCGUCAUCACGCAUCAAUAG